CACUCUCCUCCUUUCUAGUGGUGGUCCUUCUUCUCACCUCUUUCCUCUCAGGUUAGAUGAAGAAGUUCUGUGUCCGCUCUUCCAAUUAGAUGGAGGGAGAAAGUCAAAGAAAGAGAUAAAGAAAGAACCAAGUCAUUAUUCAAGUGAGACCUGGCAAAGAAAAACGCAAAGUAUAGAGGAAGGAGUUCAUAGAUUUACAGUAACAUAAAUUCAGUUCCACUGAAGCAACAGCAUCUCUGACCACAGUUGCUGGAUCAAAAUGUUAUUUACUCUAGGACUACUCCUCCUUCUCACCCCAUUUCCCUCUAUUCAAACCACAACCAAUGAGAAGAGAGACUCCACAGGAAGUGAUGCGACCAAAGCCAGUUCAGCAUUUACCCGUUCAAAACCAAAAACCACUGCUCUCCCUGACAAACAGACCAACCAGCUCACCCUUAAGCCAAAUGCCAUCAAUCAGACAGUUUUACCCACUCCAGCUACCAAGCAAAAAUCUCCAACAGCCAAUGUUACACCGACCACCAAAGGAAGGCACAGCCCAACAGUAAUUCAAACCACUCCGUCAGCGGUAAAGGCUACUACACCCAGAAGCACCCUCUCAAACAAAGACAAGCACACAGUCCCAGUUAACCAGACUAAGUCCCCUAAGUCGGCCUCAGGUGGUGAAGUAAAAGGAAGCAAAGACAAGCAUUCCCCCACUGGAACUCUAAAUGUUCAGCCAACAUCCACAAAGACUGCUUCAUCCAGCGGUGCUAAACACACCAAACACAAACUUCAGCCCUCUGGCAAUCACACUAUUCUAAUUAGGUCUCCUUCAACUGAUCAUGGGAAUACUGCCAAAGACAGGCCUGCCACCACCGUAGUUCAAAAUACUCAGUCAACAUUUACAAAGUCCACUGCUGCCACAAAAAACAAGCCCGCACCAUCUGUCAAUCAAACUGUUGUUGAUAGGUCCCCCACCAUCAAUGACGUGAAGUCCAAGGGCAAGCCUUCUCCCACAAAAGUUCCAACUGUGUUGCCACCGGAGACUCCAGCAAAGACAACUGACAAAGAAAAGGUCACAACCUCUGCCAAUGACACAGUUUCAAUCAAAGAAUCCGGCAAAGACAAGCCUGCCUCUUCACAGCCCAUCAAAGUGGUUAUCAGUGAGGGCUGCGACUCAAGCAGCACCAAGGAGCAGGAGCUGAAGCUGAAACCUGGUGCUCCACUCGUGAUGACUCAUAAGAUCAGCUUGUUGCCUGGUGGCUGCAGUGGAGAGUGUGAGGCUGAAAUGGCCGAACUGAAAGGGCGUGUGGCUCGGCUCGAAAGAGAGAUGUCCUUUCUCAAAGAUAAAUGUCCGUGCUCUGCAAACUGUCCAAAUGACUGUGGCGACAAUGGGAAAUGUGAGAAGGGUAAAUGUAUCUGCCACAAAGGAUUCAUGGGUCUAGACUGCAGUAAGUGUGCACCAGGAGCUGAGUGUAGCAAAAAAACUAGCAAAGGGAGCACCAGCCAGCCAACAGUGGAGACUGUAAUCCUGCAGGUGAAAAAAGGAAAGGACAGCAUGCAGGAGAAAAAUACCAAAGCAGAACAAACACUUUUCCAGAAGAAUGUGUCUCAGACUGACACUACACCUAAAGAAGCUACUAAUGCCAAAGGAGCUGUUGAUAAAACACAAGUGAAAGAAGACACCGCUGUGAAGAAAACAACUACUAAAGGUUCUUCAAAUCCUGAAAACACCAGUCGCCCAACUGUUGACAAAAGUCUCCCAAAACAAGAGGAAAACAAGAAGGAGGUAACCCGAAAAGGCAAAACAACACCCUCAGUCUCAGAAACCAAUAUUAAAGACGGGACUGGCAGCAGAACAUUUUCAACGUCCGACCAUCUGAAAGAUGAACCACAAAAUAAUGCAACACAAAGCAAUGUGAAGAAAGUUUCUAAAACUGACACAACCAUCUCCAAGGACACGGGGACAACCAAAACCAAAACAGACAAGGACAUUUUGGAGCAAUCCACGAAGGGUGAAAAGAAUGUAUCUCAGUCAUCCGGCCAUAAACCAAAUAAGACAGGUAAAUUAGACACUCUAACUGUGCAGUCCUUGGACAAAAAAACUGACAAAACUGGGAAAGGAACACAAAUAAAUCUGGAUGUAUUGAAUCGAACCGUUGGAGCUGCGUCAGAUAAGGCUAAAUCUCAUCAUGACAAAACAACUCACCAUGACUCAGGGAUCAGCAUCAAGAGGACUGGAGGAUCGGGAUUAGGAUCUGUGAAGGCUGUAAACAUAUCUUCCCACAGCUUCACAGUCACAUGGUUAGCACCCCAAGGGAUGUUUAGGAACUUCACUGUGAUCAGAAGAGAGCCACAGACAGAAGGCGAUGAAGAUGCGUACGAGGACUUUGAGGCGGAAGCUCUUCCAGGACAAAAGACCUCUGCAGCUAGGAACGCAACUGAAGUCUUAGUACAGAGUGAGAGCACCAACACAACUGCCUCCUCCAGAAAAGCUGAUGGAUCAAAAGUUAAAGCUGACACCAAGAGGAUCUCGAUGGUGGUCCCGGGUAAUGUGCGCUCUGUGGAGUUCAGUAAUUUGCGGGCAAACACGCGCUAUGUCCUGCAUAUAUAUGGUACAGCAGCACAGAGAAGAUCAAAGAUUCACAGAGUAAUUGCAACUACAGGUCCUGAGCCAGCCACAGAGAUAGUUUUCAGUAAUGUCACAGAGUCUUCUCUCAAUGUUUCCUGGUCCAAACCAAAGACGACGUUCACAGGCUUCAGGGUCACAUACACCAACAUUUUAACAGGGGAGAGCCGCUUGGUGACCGUGGGCUCUAAGCAGUCUUAUGUUGUUCUGUCCAAGCUGUCUGCUGGGUCUUCCUACAUAAUCACUGUAACUACGACACAAGGCCAAUUCCAGAGUGAUCCACUCACAUCCGUCAUCACCACAGUGCCCGCCCCUCCAACGCAUCUUCAAGCCGUCAAUGUGACAGACACCAGAGCUGUGCUCCAGUGGACUCCCAGUCUGGGAAAAGUAGACCGCUUCGUCAUCAGCUACGAGUCCUCUAAGACUCCUAAUGUGACAGUGACCGUGACCUUGUCAGGAAAUACAGUGGAGCACCAGCUGAGAGGCCUGCAGAGAGGCACCCUCUACAGGGUCAAAGUGCUGAGCCAGAAGGACAGUCUGCAGAGUAUGGCCAUCUCAACAACAUUUACUACUGCAAAUGUGGUCAAAGCCAGUGAAGUUGGGGCUCGAAGUGCAGUUAUAGCUUGGAGAGCCACCCCUGCCAUUUAUCACAGCUACAAAGUGCUCUAUCAAGCGGCCGGAGAGGAGACAAAGGAGGUGAUUCUGGAGCCCACCGUCACAGAGUACAAGUUGACUGGGCUUUUGCCCAUGUCCCGCUAUUUUGUUGUGGUGCAAGGCGAGAGAGAUGGACAGUAUGUAUCUGUUGUCACCACAGAAUUCAUCACAGGAAAACUGCGCUUCCCUUUCCCUACCGAGUGUUCUCAGGAGCUGCUGAAUGGAGCUCUGCACUCAGGAGAGUUGGACAUCUACCCUCAAGGACGAGAGGGGCGAGCAGUUAGAGUCUACUGUGACAUGGAGACUGAUGGAGGCGGCUGGACAGUGUUCCAGAGGAGGAUGAAUGGAAAAACUGAUUUUUUCAGAACAUGGAGUGAAUACAAAGCUGGCUUUGGAAACCUGAGUGAAGAAUUCUGGCUUGGAAAUGAGCUCCUGCACAACCUGACUGAUGUUGGCCCUGUGAGUUUGAGAGUGGAUAUGCGAUCUGGAAACCAUACCGUCUACGCUCACUACACGAACUUCUCUGUCGAUUCAGAGACGAGGCACUAUACGCUCACCGUGUCUGGCUACACCGGAACAGCAGGUGACUCUAUGAGGUACCAUAACGGUCGUCCAUUCUCAACCCGAGACAAGAACCCUGAUCCUAUGGGGAUCCACUGUGCCAAGGCCUACAUGGGAGGCUGGUGGUAUAAAAACUGUUACAAGGUCAACCUCAAUGGUCUUUAUGGCAUCAACAGUAACAAUCAGGGAAUAGUCUGGAUAGACUGGAAAGGUAAAGACUCCUCCAUUCCCUUCACUGAGAUGAAGUUCAGACCUUCCAGGUUCUCCCCUGCAACUCAUGGUUAAGGAUGGACCAGCCUCCAUGAAAACUCUGCAUCUGACAGAAAAUUAAAGCUCCAGAAAUUUUUGAGAACCUUGGAUCUCACAGUUUCUGUGUCUCUGUCCAAAUAAAAUUACCUGUAGUUGUUUUGAUAGCUGCAGCUGUCAGUUCAUUUGAUUCAAUGCGCAAGUAAUUUUCUGAUCUGUCUGAUAUGUAACUUUUGUAUUCUGCUCUGCCUGACUCAUUCAUUUCAAUACAAAUGUGUUUUGUGCCCCAAAAUUGUAUGACACCCCACUACUACUGUAAUUAAACAUGCACUGUUUCACUCCAUUGGAAUAAAUGUGGCUAACGUUG